AUGGGACCCAGUGAGCGACAGGAAAUUCUGGACAAGCACAAUGCCCUGCGGAGACAAGUGAAGCCAAGUGCAAGCAACAUGCUGAAGAUGGAAUGGAGUGGUGCUGCGGAAGCAAAUGCCAAACGCUGGGCAAGUAAUUGUCAAUAUGACCACAGCCCACCAGACCAAAGAACUGCUGGCAAGUACCCGUGUGGUGAAAAUUUGCUCAUGUCAAGUGGCCCUGUUGCAUGGUCUAAAGUAAUCCAAGAGUGGUACAAUGAGGUGAACGAUUUCCAGUACGGUGUUGGAGCGGUCCGCUCAGGAGCCAAAGUUGGCCAUUACACUCAGGUGGCUUGGUACAGGUCUUACAAAGUGGGUUGCUCUGAGAACCAGUGCCCUCAAAAUCGGCUACAAUACUUCUACGUCUGCCAGUACUGCCCUGCAGGGAACAUAGUAGGAUCACUUCAAACCCCAUAUAAGUCUGGAUCACCUUGUGGGGACUGUCCUGGCUCAUGCGACAACGGAUUAUGCACCAAUCCUUGCAGAUAUUAUAAUGUGUACGGCAACUGUGAUGAGGCAGUGCAAUUGCAAGGGUGCAAGGGCAGCCUUGCGACAGAUUGUGCUGCUACUUGCAAUUGCCCCACUGAAAUAAAAUAG